AAUAACAUUUAUUGUAGUACAAAAAAUUAAUUGAUAAAAUGUCUUCACGUCGAAGGUCUACUGUUACUACAAGAGGAGCAUCAGUUCUUAUCGAAAAUUUAUAUCCAACCAAUCAUUUGUUGAUUUUGACACCAACCAACCCUCUCCGCAGAGCAUGUGUUGCAAUUAGUACAUCCCCAACAUUUGAGACUCUUAUAAUGCUCGCCAUAGCUGUAAACUGUGUUAUAAUGGCAUUGAACACUCCUUUACCGAAUGGUGAUAAAUCAAACCUUAACAUAAAGCUGGACAAAUUUGAAAUUUAUUUUCUGGGCAUAUUUAUAACAGAAGCUUGUUUAAAGAUUGUCUCUCAAGGUUUUAUUUUGCACCCGCAUUCUUACUUACGAAUUCCAUGGAAUAUUCUUGAUUUUAUAGUUAUUAUCACAGGUAUUCUUCCCUUUGCUGGUGUAACUGGUGGACCUACCAAAGUUAUAAAAGCUGCAAAGGUUCUUAGACCUCUAAAGAUUGUCUCUAAAUUUCCAAGUUUACAACUUGUUUUAAGUGCUAUUUUAAAAUCCAUGAAAUCGUUAAUGGAAAUAUUUUUUCUUCUCGGAUUUAUCAUUAUAAUUUAUGCAAUUGUUGGAAUGUCGCUAUUUCAAGGCUUGUUUCAUCAAACAUGUGUUCAUAAAUCAAACAAUACUGUUUGGAGAGCAGAAUGGUUAUGUGGAACAAACACUAGUGGUGGAAGACAAUGUCCUGAAGGAACUGAGUGUAAACAGUUUUGGAGUGGUCCGAAUUCUGGAAUAACAUCCUUUGAUAAUAUUUUUCUUAGUUGUAUUACUGUAUUUCAGUGUAUAACUGGUCAAGGUUGGACAGAUAUUAUGUAUGCAUUAUUUAAAGUGUAUGAGGAAAAGGCAUAUUUUGCAUGGGCGUAUUUUUAUUCUCUCUAUAUUGUUGGUACCCAUUUUAUGCUGAAUUUAGUUUGUGCUGUCCUUACUGGAGAGUUUAGUAAAGAAAAUAGGCGUGUGAAAAACCGUGAUGAGUUUUUAAUUCAAAGGGCUGAAUUAGCAGCUGAAAGAGUAGCUGAGAAGUAUGAGGCCUGGGUUGAAGAAGGUGAGGUUGUUGUUGCAAAAGAGUUGGAAGAAAAUUCUAAAAAACAGGAACAGUCUAAUGGUAAACCUUCUAGUUUAAUUGUUAGAAGUAAUGCUUUGCGAGCCAAUAUAAAAGCAGUAAUGCUUUCUAACUUUAUGUACUGGGUCUUAAUUGUGUUGGUCAUUUUAAAUAGUAUUACUGGCGUGAUGCAAUUCUACCAGCAACAACAAUGGAUCAAUGAUCUUACAAAUAUAACAGAUAACUUCUUUUUAAUUUUUUUCUUUCUGGAAACAAGUUUAAAGUUGUAUGCACUGGGACCAAGUCUGUAUUUCCAAUCAAAGUUCAACAUUUUUGAUUUUGUGGUUGUACUGGUUAGUAUAAUAAACUGGUUUUUAAACAAGUUUAUGAACAUAAAUUUGGCUGUAUCUGUUUUGCGACAGCUUCGACUAAUGAGACUUAUCAAAUUUACAAAACUAUGGAGCUCAUUAAAGAAUUUAAUCAACUCAAUUUUGAAUAGUAUGGUAUCAAUUAUAAGUUUAGUGGUGUUGCUACUACUUUUUGUUAUGAUCUUUGGGUUGCUUGGCAUACAAUUAUUUAGUGGGUUGUAUAAAACAAAUCUACGAUCAAAUUUUGAUGACUUUUUUAAUGCUAUGUUAUCUGUUUUUCAGAUUGUAACAGGUGCAGAUUGGUAUAUGCUAUUACAUGAAGGAAUAAAUGCAUAUGGAGGAGCAUUAAAUGUAAUAGGAGUUGCAGUGUCAAUAUACUAUAUUUUGAUCCUUGUUUUAGGAAAUUUUGUUAUAGUUAAUGUAUUUUUGGCUAUUGCUGUGGACAACAUUUCAUUAACAGCUGAUGAAAAAAAAGAUAUUGUACAAGAGGAGUUAAAUCGAGAAGAGAAACUAAAAGAAGUUCAUGAUAAAUUUGCUCCAAAUGAUAAAAAUUUAACUCCAACAAAUGGAAAUAAAGAAAACAAAGAAGAGGCUGAGGAAACAUUAGAAGAUACAGAGAACAAUUUGGAUGAGUUUGCAUCUCCAAAAAAUGUGGGAAAAAAUACUUUUUCAGUUUGUACUGCAGAGGUGGGCGAUGAAAAGAUCACUUCACAGCCACAAAUACUUCAACAGAAUACAUUUUUUAUUUUUGCUCCAACAAACCCGAUGAGAAAAGCAAUUCAUAGAUUGAUAUCAUCGCAAAUGUUUGAAAAUGCUAUUUUUGCACUAAUUAUUAUAAGCAGUGCUUCAUUAGCUUGUGAAGAUGUUACAGAUCCAAACGCUCCUAUUAAUAUUAUUCUUGGUUAUAUUGACUAUGGUUUUACGAGCAUAUUUACGUUAGAAGCUCUUUUAAAGAUUAUUAACUUUGGUGUCAUACUACAUGCUAAUGCAUACUUUAGAAGAGUUUGGAAUUGUGUUGACUCUUUUGUAGUGGUAUGUGCUAUCACAUCUAUUGUUUUAGGUAUGAAAGCAAAUAAAUCAAAAACAAUUAAAACAAUCAUUAAAGUUCUUAGAAUACUUCGGGUCAUAAGACCCCUUAAAAUAAUAGGAAGAAUUCCAAAACUUCAAGCUGUGUUUGUCUGCUUAGUAUUAUCAUUGAAGAACGUUAUAAUGGUGCUUAUUAUACUAAUUCAGUUGUGGUUAAUUUUUUCGAUUAUGGGUGUACAAUUGUUUUCGGGAUUAUUUUGGUACUGUACAGAUGAGUCAAAAGAUAACGAAGAAGAUUGUGUGGGAAGUUUUAUCACUUUUGAUGGAAACAACUACAACUCACCAAUUGAGCGCCAACGCAAUUGGCUGGCAUACACUUUUAAUUUUGACAAUACAUUAUCAGCUUUUAUAACAUUGUUUACAGCAUCAUUGGGUUCUGGUUGGUACAUACAUAUGCAUCAUGGCAUUGAUAGCACAUUGCAAGGCAAAUCUCCUCUUAAAAAUAAUAAAAUAUGGGCUUCUGUAUACUUUGUAGUAUAUAUCAUUGUGUUUAUGCUUUUCUUCAUCAAUGUGUUUGUUGGCUUAAUCAUUCUAACUUUUCAAAAGCUUGCUGCUGCUGAAUUUGGUCUUGAACUUGAUCGAAAUAAAAAAAAUAGUUUCAUUUUUGCAAUGUCAUCAAGGCCAAUGGAUCGUUAUAUCCCUAAAAAUGUCAAUGGUUUACAGUAUAAAGCUUGGGUGUUAAUUGAGUCAUAUCCAUGGGAAAUGUUUAUAACAUUCUUAAUUAUAUUGAAUAUAAUCUCCAUGUUAAUAGAGUACAACAAUGAACCGCAGGCAUUUAACAAUAUUAUGAAUGUUGUCAGUUUUGGAUUUACUAUUGUAUUUAUCUUCGAAUUUGCUGUCAAAUUGUUUGCUCUAUCAUUUAAUCUUUUUAAAGUCUUUUGGAAUGUUUUUGACGCAUUAAUUGUGUUAAGUGGACUAUUGGAUAUAAUGAUUAAAGCAUUAUUUCCAAAUAUUUCGUUUGACACAAGCAUAUUUCGCUUAUUUCGUGCUUUGCGAUUAAUUAAAUUGCUACGAAAAGUUCGUUCUUUGCGAAUUUUACUUUGGACCUUUAUAAAGUCAUUGCAAGCAUUACCUCAUGUUGUCAUGCUAAUUUUUCUAUUAUUUUUUGUGUAUGCUUUUGUUGGAAUGCAGAUUUUUUCGCAAAUUUCAAUUGAACCAGCUGAUAAUCCAUGGGGCCAAAUAAAUGAAAACAACCACUUCAGGACUUACUUUAGUUCAAUGCAAGUUUUAGUUAGAUCAACUUCAGGGGAAAACUGGCCUCUGAUAAUGAAGGCUUGUUCCGAUGGUGCUCGUUGUGAUUACAGCAUGAAAGCAGUUGAUCCUUCAUCUACUCAAUGUGGAACAAAUUUUGCUUAUGUUUACUUCAUUUCAUUUAUAUUUUUUUGCUGCUAUUUAGUGUUAAAUUUAUUUGUUGCUGUCAUUAUGGAUAACUUUUCAUUUCUCACUGGAGAUUCUAGCAUUCUUGGACCCCAUCAUUUAGAUGAGUUUGUCACUGUUUGGUCUGAUUUUGAUCCAUGUGCUAGUGGUCGCAUCAAAUAUACUGAGGUUUGUGAGUUACUUCGACAAAUGCAGCCACCAUUAGGAUUGGGUGCAAAAUGUCCAAAUGUUCUGGCAUAUAAGCGUUUAGUACAGAUGAAUAUGAUUUUGUAUGAAAAUGGCACAGUUGACUAUACAGGAACAUUUUGUGCACUUGUGCGUACAGGUCUGGAAGUAUAUACUGAAAAUACAAAUCUAAAAAGUAAUGAUAUGGAAUUUCGUAAGAUGUUGAAGAUGGAGUUUCCGAAUAUUACAAAGCGAACUUUGGACCUUGUUAUACCAAGGACUCCUAAAAAUUGCAAGGAAAUGACUAUAGCAAAAAUUUAUUCUGCAAAACUUAUAUGGGAGCAUUAUAAGAGUAUAAAAAGAAGAAGUAAUAGAAAAAGAAAAGUGCACAGGGUUAACCCACUUCCUCCGUUGAGUCUAGGUCUGAGAAUAAUAAAAUAUCUUUUUUAAGUAAAGGUGAUUCCGCACUGAUGUGACAUUGGAAAAAAUCUAAACCAAAUGGUUCGACUGUUAUAUACUCGAAGUUAUAUACUCGAGUUAAAUUAUUUACUCAAAGUAUUCUGCUGAUGGUACCCUUAUCACUUUAAACAUCACCAGUUGACGUAUUUAAAUACAAACGUUAUUAAAAACUAUGUUAGAAAAAUCAUAAUAACAUAUUUGUAUUGUAUAUGUUCAUAAAUAAAUCAUAUAUAUGUAUGUACAUGUAUGUAUGUAUGUAUGUAUGUAUGUAUGUAUGUAUGUAUGUAUGUAUGUAUGUAUAUGGUGCGUAUUAAUAGUAUUUUGGUAGUUUCAUUUUAAUGCGAUCUAGAAAAGAUAUAAAAUAAAUGAAACAGUAAACAUCUUAUAA